AUGAAGCCAUGGAUGGCAGUGGAGGCGCUUCCAAUAGUGGCUCUCGUCACUGGAAUGGUCUCCUUCGCCAGUUACUUCACAUAUCGAAGCGCGAUGGGUCCCAGCAUCCAAUGGUCGAAGACCAAUCCCGAGCCCUGGAACCGCAUCAAACCGAACGAGGGCGUUAAAAUGGUCGAAAUCAACCACAAGUUCCCACAAAUCUGGCAUCGCGAUCAGCUAUGA